UCUCCGGCGCUGUUGGCCGCCGUCCUGCUGUUCGUCGGUGUCGUGCUGGGCGGUGAGGACCGCCCGCGGCUCAUAGGGGCCCCGGUGGACAUCGCCAACGCCGACAACGAUGAGGGCCUGCAGCGGGCCCUGCAGUUCGCCAUGGCGGAGUACAACAAGGCCAGCAACGACAUGUACUCCAGCCGGGUGGUGCGGAUCAUCAGCGCCAAGAGGCAGGGGGGGAUUGUGUCUGGAAUCAAGUACAUAAUGAAAGUUGAGGUUGGCCGGACAACUUGUCCAAAACCAGCAACUGAUCUCCAGAGCUGCGCUUUCCAUGAUGCACCGCAAAUGGCUAAG